AACCCACGAAGCUUUGGUUUCCUGUCCUCCCCGUCAAAGGAAGCACAGCAAUACCACUAGCCGAAAAUAACCAUGCAGAGUGACCCACGACACCAAGGCAGCGCGCCCGGUUCUGAGGCAGCCGCGAAUCGGGACGAUUCACAUCGCCAUGCCAAAUCUUUCGAAGUGGACAACGGCACCGAGCAACAGCAUCAUCGUGAUGGAUCUAUUCUCGUACAUGAUGAGUCCAGCGCUAUCACCAUGCUCGGUUCCUUCGUUGCGGGUGCAUCGGUGGGGACGAUGAUCUGCGUACGGUUGUUCAUGUUCGCGCCCAUUGUGUUCUUGCUUCUCUGCGGAGCUUGUGUGGCGGUCAUGGUCGUGCUUCUCUGCGGGGCCGGGGCAGCGGUCGUCACCAAGUCAGACAGCAAGGCCGGCACAAUUUCCCGCCGAGCGGGCAAUUUCAUCUCCGACGUUCUCCUAGCCUUGUUCAGGGGCGUUCGAGAGUUCAACCGCACGUACCAGUUAACGGACAAGGUGAAGGCUACCGUGCAAGAAGCGGCCGGGAAGGUGCAAGUCGAGAUGCAGAAGGUCGGCAUCUGUGACCAUGUCAUGACCAGGGCAUGCUCCCUGUGGGACCAAGUCGACAAGCGGACUGCGCCAGCUGCUCAACCUUCUAAAUUUGUCCAUGGUGCACAAGGGCAAGACACGAUAAGUCUGUUUCGGGAAGAACCCCAGCCUGGUUUCGACAACGCGGGAGAUGCGCCCAAAUCAGCGCCUUGUUCCCCGUCGUCUUCCGAAAACGAGAAGACCGCCCCAGUAAAGUUGUCCGACGCUUAAUCCAGCGCCAUCGCAUCGACCACGCUCAAGACAAUUCCCUGGGCGAAACUCGUACUUACUCGAGAAGAUGUGGUGGGAAGUUAGCUUUGCGUUGUCACCACGAUUGCGACUACCCAUUAGGGCAUGGACAAUCGUUCCCGCGUUGUUCAUGUAGGUCGAGUGCCAAGGGUUUCAUAUGUAGGUAACAACGAACGUAGUGCAGCCACAGGCAAGCCCUUCGAGGCUCCCCUUCGGGGGUACACGUCGUGGUACCGCAGUCUGCGCAAGCCCUUCGAGGCUCCCCUUCGGGGGUACACGUCGUGGUACCGCAGUCUGCGCGAAGCUUGCUCGAGUACGCGCGUUGAACGUGUGAUUGCGCGGUCCGGUGGACUGCGCAGGAAUAUCGAAGAGGAAACUUUGCACUGUAGUCUUCCUGACAGAUUUUUGGAGUAUUGUUGUUGGCACGUAGGUUAGACGUUCUGCUUCCAACUGACGUGUCGUUCCUGUAGCGCGACGGGGAGAACGCUUCAGAGCCAUGUCACAGAUGAAGCCAAUCGCAGCCGCCUCUUUGGGCUCCCCACGGCCAAUGUACUUGUUGGUCGAGGUGUUCUCAUAUAGACUAGACCUUGGGUCUUGGAGUAGGUGACACGAGGAACCCGGAACGUUUGUCGAGUUUCCUCUGAUUCUUCUUUACUGCGAUAUAAGUAGGUGCGUCCAAUCUCGCUUGGCUUGUUCGUGAUUCCUCAGGUUAGUACCUUCUGAGAUGUUCAGCGUCUGACUACUCGCGACGGUUGCUAAGACGAGGAACCCCGAGUACGCAUGAAGGUUCUGGGUCACAACGUGCUACCCCUACCGUUGUAUGAGUCGCGAGCAGUAUGCAGAAUAGAAAACGUUGAAGAAACGUGCGGCGUUAUUUGUGAGCGCGGGUGUCGCUUAGUGUCAUUCUGUUUGGUGGUCACGUCUCGGGUGGCCUCGAUCCCAUGGUCGAGUCCGGACAAGCAGGAAUCGAGUGUCUCCGGCAAAGUGACGACUUGAUGUUGGCAUCGAUUCUCCAGGUGUGCACACACAGCCAGGUGUCCGUGAAACCGGCAUUCAUUCACUAUCGAUAGAAGCGUCCGUCUUAGGGUGUGCAC